AUGUGGGAGUCGAGGUUGGUCGGUGCAGCGCCCCUGUCAGCGACGCGGCCUGGCAAAACCACCGCUACGCAAUCAAUCAGAGCAAUGCAAGCUGCGAGUUGCGAGUUGCGAGUUGCGAGUUGCCCGUGGGUGCUUGCAGCCUUUACGAGUCACGACCUCCCCUCCCCCAACCGUGUCACCAUCGAGGUCCCUGACCGGUACGACUUGGAAACCAUAUAG